GAAGUUCACGUGAUCACAUCUUGUAAUUCGAGAAGUGCUUGGUGAUGGGAUUUGGAGUUUCCUCUUCCAAUACUGGCGAUUUGAUGCGAACUUAUUUCACUGUGGAACACCGAUUUGUUCCCCCCUUCCGGCACCCUAGGCGGCUCAAAUGGUAUAUAGAUAUGAUUCCCCUUCGCUGAUUAGGAGCUUCAGCCAAGCGGUCUGCUGUUCUCCUUUGCGUCCUCCGCCAAUGUUCACAACGGGUUUCGGGGGAUCGAGACUAGCUCUAUGGCUUAUCCUAUCGGCGCUAUCAGCAUUUGCGCAGUUCAGCAACGUGGUAUGUACCCCUGGUUGGGACUGGGCCAACAACACUCUACGACAGAAUCCCUGCCUGGUCGCUGCCUACCUCCAGUCUGUCUGCUCCGGUACAUCGUAUAACGUUCUUCCUCUACCCACCGGCCAUCAUUAUAUCGGACCAACCGGCGAUCCUUCCACACAGAAUGCUUGUAGCUGUAGUUCGGUCGUGUACACACUAUUCUCCGCUUGUGGGCAAUGUCAGAGACGGGAGACCAUAACUUAUUCGGCCUGGACAUUGUUUUGUGCUUCACAUCCCAUCCCUCCCGGAGUCUACAACGAAACGAUACCCGAAGGAACAGCCGUACCGGCUUGGGCUUUCAUAAAUCCCAAACGGCAUAACGAUACAUUUAACGCCACCAUCGCUAAGCUCGUAGGAGGCACCCUAGAUAAGCCUGAGCGAACACCACCGAUGACGACUAGCAUUUCCACACUGAACACUAGCACCCAGAGAAGUUCCGGUACCCAUAUCGGCCCCAUAGCCGGAGGAGUCGUUGGUGGUAUCAUCGUGCUGGCCCUUCUUGCCUCGUUUGCGAUUUGGCUGUUGAAAAAGCACCAGCAAGAUACAGGAACUGAUGGUGCGAGUGGACACGCGGAGGACGAGAAAGAUCGGCCGCCUAGUUUGGUACUUCCAAGUUUUCCUCCGCCAGAUGGGACAAAGUAUCAAGACGUAUACCAUGGGAGUGCAGUUGUAGAAAGUGGGAUGGGUCAACAUAGCAAUGAUCCUUACGCAGUGUAUCGUGGCAUUUCUUCCAUUAGCAAUCGUGCCGAUCAUCCAUUCCCUCCUGAGUUUCCCUCAACUCCGCCGACGAAUGCACAAUCCACUGUUCCACUGGUACCGAUACCGAACGCCCCACAAGCACUGAUACCGGACACUCCCCAGGUCCCCCAGAAUCCAGAACCAAAUGAAUCCCAUCGACCAGCCCACGACCAACGAUCUGAUCGUGUGGAGCCGCCGCGUAAUCCAUCAUACGUGCGACCUCUCCCUCGUCCCGGGGCCCUGAAAACGAACGCCGGGAAUCAGUCGGGAGCGCAGUGAUCCUGCCCAUUUUCUCCUCAUUGUCAUAUUGUAUUCAGCGCAAGGCAUUGUUGGAUUGUGGAAGGGCAAAUCACCGCAAGUCAAUCACACUCCUUUCACUCGUCAAUUGCUCGAACGACAGGAUCAAUGUGCAAGUGCAGGAUCAAUUGGGAUGUGUACAUGGAUUUUCUGAAGUCUUA